CCAUUCGUCCCAUCAUAGAUAGCCUUCGGCUUUGGGGAUCGACGGAGGUUUCAUGGACAAAUUCACGGCACUUCGCCUGCAUAUGAGAGCUGUGUGCAUGAGCGAACACCAGCACAUGUUGUGCAUAUCUAUAGUCGGUUAUGGAUCAAACAUGUGGUGGAUACAGUUGAUCGGCAAUGGCAGGCGUCAAUCAACCAUUGCUAAAGAGACUGAAGCCUCACAAAUAUAAGAUCUAACACCUGUAAAACGAAACAAAGUAUCAUUCAAGACUAGACAACACAUCAAGUUCAUCAGCUUUCAACAUGUCAGCCACGAUUACCGAAAAGACUAUCUCUGUUCCGACCCUUCAAAUUAGAGAGCUUAAGAACGGCUUCGGUGUUGAGGUUCGAGGGCUUGACCUUAAAGAUGGUGCCUCUGAUGAGACUUACCGCCUUCUUCAAGACCUCUUGACGAAGUAUGGUGUGGUCGUCUUACGCCAGACAAACUUGACCGACUCGGCCCACAUCGCCUUGGGCCGUAAAUUCGGCGAACUAGACGAUGUGAGGCCCUACAAUAAGGCCGGCCGUAGGAAUCGUCUUGAUUAUGACGAACUCUUCGAUGUCGGCAACAUCGAAGCGGACAACACCCUUGUCUCUCCGACUAGCCCACGCGCGCAGGCAAACAAAGGCAACAGCUACUUCCACGUUGACAGUAGCUUCAACCCACGCCGAGCAGGCUACUCCUUGCUACUGGCUCACGAGUUACCUCCCACUGGCACAGGCGGUGCGACAGAAUUCUGCGAUACGAGGGCGGCUUGGGAUGACCUUCCUCGUAAUGUGCAGAGUGAGCUGUUGGCUAAAGACCUAGUCGCUUGCCACUCGAUUCUGCAUUCAAAGAAGUUAGCUGCCCCUGAGCACUUUGCGGGUAUAGAACCUGCUGAUCAUCCUAUGGGUCGUCAUAAGCUUGUGCAGCGUCAUGAAGCAUCCGGACGUACGAAUUUGUAUCUGGCGAUGCACAUCCACCACAUUGAGGGUUUGAAGCCAGAGGAGAGCCAGGAACUAUUCAAUAUGCUAUUCGAGCAUGCUACCCAGGAGAAGUAUAGAGUGGCUGUGGAAUGGCAUGAUGUCGGCGAUCUGGUCAUCUGGGAUAACACUUGUACCAUGCACCGUGCGAUGGGAGGACCUUUUGCAUACAAGUAUCGUAGGGAUAUGAGAAGAGUCACAGUACACGAUAAUAGUAGCCAAGCAUGGGGUCUGAAUGACAAAUCAGGCGUAAGACAAGGUCUUCCCUAGCUACUCACUGUUAUAGUAGGAGAACUAUGGGUCGAUCAGUCCGGUUCAAUGUUCAUG